AGCACAGCAGCAGCCUGUUUAAUUUAAGAAAGAAAUCUCUGCUACUACGAGUACCGCUCCCUAGGGUUCUUGCAGAAAGAUUCGUUGAAGAACCAUGCAACUUACUCUUGAAUUCGGUGGUGGGCUUGAGCUUCUCUGUGAUUCAGUGAAGAUUCAUAAUGUGGAUGUUAGCCCUAAUAAUGAAGUAGACAAGUUAACAAUGAAAGAUUUACUUGUAUGGGUUCGUGCUAAUCUGAUCAAGGAGAGGCCAGAAAUGUUCAUGAAAGACGAUUCUGUGAGACCUGGUGUUUUAGUUCUUGUCAAUGAUUGUGAUUGGGAACUUAGCGGUCAGCUCGAUACGCCUUUGGAGGAGAAGGAUGUGGUGGUUUUUAUCUCUACCUUGCACGGUGGUUAGUAUGCGGUUGGUUAUAGUAUCUUUUCAGAUCAUAAGUGAUUGAAGCCAUAUCUGUGAAACUCAAAACUAAAGAACUAAUGUGAAAGAAAUUUAAGGUUUAGAAAGAAAGGGGAAUGGGGAUUUUAACUUUGUCCUCAACUUCUUACUUCUUAUGCCCCAGUGGCAAAAUGUAUGUUCUGUUGAUGUUGCUGUACUAUUUUCAUGAUAACUGACAGAUAAUGUGAUUUACAUGAAGUGAAUGGAGAUUAUG